UUGACAUUGUAUAUGCAUUCUAAGUUGACAUUCAUGGAUUGUGUAUGCAUUAGGUUUCUUGGAAAUUGCAUUCACAAAGUCAACUAUGACAUUAUGCCACUACUUACUUCACUUCCUUCACAAUGUCAACCAUCACAUGAUGUAAUGAUUGUUCUUCCAAUCUUCUUAUUGGCUGCCUAUUCUUCUACAUCCAUUCAUUCAUACAUUGUAGAUUGCUUCACAAAGUUAACCAUCACAUUAUAUAAUCAUUGUUCUUCCAAUCCUCUCAUUGGCUACCUAUUUUCUUUGCAAAUUGACAAAAAUUGACUCUUCCUCUACAUGGUUUAUGCAAACAAUUGGUUGAUUUGCUGGUUUUAUGAUAGCUGAUUUAUACAAUCAACUGGUUUAUGUAAACAAUUGGCUGCAUGUGUUGUGUUGCUGAUUUAUACCACAGGAGAAGGUAUUCUCACUCAUUUUCUCUUUCUCUCUCUCUCUCGUCCGCACAACCACACCAAACAACACCAUGCCUCACCUCUGCCACAAUCACCACCGAACAAGACCUCACCUCCACCUCAGUUCGCCGUCCAAUCCAUCGCGGCUACCUAAUCAACCCCCACCUCCAACGUGAUAUCUGGUCUCAUCUUUUCACCUCAAUCCUUCACAUAAACCCUUCUCAAUCCUCUGUCCUCUCACUGAACCUCUCUUCACUCUCCCAUCAAUUCAACACUCCAUUGACAGAAAAAUGAAGCACUUGCUCAACACAGGACAUGGAAAAAGAAAUUGCACGGGCCAAAGAAAUUGUAUGACACUUGAAGAGUCUGUUGGAAAAAGACUGCAAAAAUAUGGGGGAUCAGAUAAUAAAGAAUUGCUUCAGAGGGAAGUUGGUUUUCGGUGGUUAUUCAGUUUCAAAUCAAAAUCACCGGAAAAGCCAGUCGCGCCACCACCACAAAAGCUUUCUCUAUGCGACAGACUGCAGUGACUAAAGUCCUUCAAAGUUUGGCAUUGGAUCUGAGGAUGAGAUAUAGCAGAGGCACAAAAAAAUAAGGUUUAUUGGAAGCAUCAACCAUGAAACAAAUUCUUGCAAGUCAUUCACAAAAUUCGGUUUCAUAUCAAUUCGCAUUUUUCUAUAUUUUUUAACAUGUAGUUUCAAAUCAUUAGCAGUAAUUUGUAACUCCUCUUUAUUAGUCAUUUUUGUUACUAACUUUUUUAGCAACAUGUUGUUUUAGUGCCUAAUGUUAGAUGGGAUGACAUUAUAAGCCUCUAAAAUGUCAAGUUUGAACGGUAAUAUAUAUAUUAACUAAUACUAAAUUACACAUUGUUUUGUACCGAUUUUAUUUGUUUUUAAUUGUUCAAAAUAAGUUAUCUUUUAUUGGCACAAAUCAUAAUAUUUGUGAUUCUCCUUUUCAGCCCUUUGAACAUGGGUUUAAUUAGGGUGUUGUUGAUUGGUACAACUGAAUUCAAAAUAAGCUGAUUUUUUUAUUUUAUAGGUGUCAAUAGACGAAUAUUUUGCUAUUCUAUUUCUGUUGAUUUAGAUUUAACAAGAAAAGUAGAUUAUUUUGGACCUAAUUUUUUAUUUUUGGUGAUUAAGGUUAUUAUGUUUUUGAGUUUGGUAAAAUAGUUUCAGCUUUUAAAAAUCUCUUUUUUAGGUUUGCAGAAUGAAAAGGGAUCUCUUUUUUAGGUUUGCAGAAUGAAAAGGGUAGAUAUAGAUUGUAAGAUUUGAAAUUUCUAGAUUAUUUGAUGAUUUAUUUUUUAACAUUUGAUGAGAUUGUGGUUUUUGCAGAUAAAUGGUGGAUUUUGAUCUAGCUUGAAGGUUUUGAUCAUCUGUUAUAAGUGGUGAACCUAUAACAUGAUGAACAAAUAUCAUAUUGUAUAAUCUUCCUUAUGUUAUCUCUUUGCUUCUUAAAGAUAGUAUAAAUGAAGAGUCCAAAUUAAAGAAAGCAAUUUUUAGGAUGAAAAUUAUAUUUAACUACUUGGAGGGCAUUUGUAAAGUAAAUAAUCUAAUUGUUUCUUCAAAAAGCACUUAUAAAGGCUGCUGAAGAAUCAAGUUAAGGGAGGAAUUUGAAAGUGAGGGCAGAAAGCUUACUCCUAAAGAAGAGUCACAGACUUUUGAUUCAAAUGUAAUCACGUCUGGAACUGAAUUCAUGGUUGUUUUAUCAAUUGCACUUCAGUAUUAUGUUCAUCUUAAGCUGAACAAUGACCCUGGUUGGAAAAAUAUCAAGAAGUAUUCCUUAUCUUUGGCGACGAUCCAAUGCUUGCAGUGGCUCAUGGUCGCGGUGUAUAUUGUGAUGUUUUGUUAUUGCUUUCAGGUGCAGUGUAUUGUGGAAAUAUGGACAGCGGAAGUUGUGGAAUACAAUGUUUCGUAUGUGUACCACUCUUUGUUUGCAUACUUUGACAGAGACAACGUACCUCUCAAGGGACUUGCCAAGUUCUUUAAGGAAUAUAGUGAUGAAGAAAGAGAGCAUGCUAUCAAAUAUCAGAGGGUUCUCAAGAAAAGCAUGAUGAUAUAGAAGAUGAUAAUAAGGCUUAACCCUGCCUCAACCUUCAUCUGGGAAGGAAAACAUGAUUAUAGUGUUUUCCAAAGUAUCUUGAAAAAUUAUAAUUCAUUUUUUUAUCCUAUGCUUCAUGUUUGUAUUGAUUUUGCUUGAUUUUCUCCCGUAUUGUUUACUUCCAGGGAUGAAACUUAAACUCUCAUUCAGUCAUCCAAAUUCAUUAUAGAAGAAGGCCAUAUAUUUUCAAGGAGGGACGUUUAAGUCAAACCAGUUCUCUAAGCUAGCAUUUGAAAAUAAAUUAUCAGUUGAAGAGAAUUCUAUUAUCCGACUAAUUUGUAAUUUGGAGAUAGUUUGUAUCAGAAAAUCGAUUACUUAUUUGUACAUUUCGUUUUGAUUAUGUAAUUGGAUAUCUUAUAAUACUUAAAUUGGGUCCAGAUUAUAGCUA